UGCUGCUUCGUCGCCAUUGAAGAGAAGGAAGGAGCUCCGAAAUAGCGAUUUGGGAAUUUCACAAAUCGCAUAUUUCUCUCUUCACAUUCCCACAUUUCUCUCUGAUCCUCUUCUUCCAAUCCUGCAGCCGCAGCCGGAAAAGCCUACCCGCCGCCGGAUUGAGCCACAGCCGCCGCAGCCUAAACCACAGCAGCCGCCGCAGCCUAAACCACAGCAGCCGCCGCAGCCGGAAAAGCCGCCGGAAACCAUCAAAAAAGAGAGAUGUGAAGAAGGAAACGGUGGUGAAGGAAAACGAAACGACGGAAGAAACUUCGAAUAUGUUUCUCCUUUCAAGAAACUAGAGCACAAUCCAAGAGGUGUCGUCGCAUUGAAGAGAAGGAAGGAGCUCCGAAAUAGCGAUUUGGGAAUUUCACAAAUCGCAUAUUUCUCUCUUCACAUUCCCACAUUUCUCUCCGAUCCUCUUCUUCCAAUCCUGCAGCCGCAGCCGGAAAAGCCUACCCGCCGCCGGAUUGAGCCACAGCCGCCGCAGCCUAAACCACAGCAGCCGCCGCAGCCGGAAAAGCCGCCGGAAACCAUCAAAAACCGCAGCCGGAAAAGCCUACCCGCCGCCGGAUUGAGGUAUUUCUCGCCGGAUCCUCUUCUGCCACAGCCGCCGCAGCCUAAACCACAGCAGCCGCCGCAGCCGGAAAAGCCGCCGGAAACCAUCAAAAACCGCAGCCGGAAAAGCCUACCCGCCGCCGGAUUGAGGUAUUUCUCGCCGGAUCCUCUUCUGCCACAGCCGCCGCAGCCUAAACCACAGCAGCCGCCGCAGCCGGAAAAGCCGCCGGAAACCAUCAAAAACCACAGCCGCCGUAGCCUAAACCACAGCAGCCGCCGCAGCCUAAACCACAGCAGCCGCCGCAGCCGGAAAAGCCGCCGGAAACCAUCAAAACCACAGCCGCCGCAGCCUAAACCACAGCAGCCGCCGCAGCCUAAACCACAGCAGCCGCCGCAGCCGGAAAAGCCGCCGGAAACCAUCAAAAACCGCAGCCGGAAAAGCCUACCCGCCGCCGGAUUGAGGUAUUUCUCGCCGGAUCCUCUUCUGCCACAGUCGCCGCAGCCUAAACCACAGCAGCCGCCGCAGCCGGAAAAGCCGUCGGAAACCAUCAAAAACCGCAGCCGGAAAAGCCUACCCGCCGCCGGAUUGAGGUAUUUCUCGCCGGAUCCUCUUCUGCCACAACCGCCGCAGCCUAAACCACAGCAGCCGCCGCAGCCUAAACCACAGCAGCCGCCGCAGCCGGAAAAGCCGCCGGAAACCAUCAAAAACCGCAGCCGGAAAAGCCUACCCGCCGCCGGAUUGAGGUAUUUCUCGCCGGAUCCUCUUCUGCCACAGCCGCCGCAGCCUAAACCACAGCAGCCGCCGCAGCCUAAACCACAGCAGCCGCCGCAGCCGGAAAAGCCGCCGGAAACCAUCAAAAACCGCAGCCGGAAAAGCCUACCCGCCGCCGGAUUGAGGUAUUUCUCGCCGGAUCCUCUUCUGCCACAGCCGCCGCAGCCUAAACCACAGCAGCCGCCGCAGCCGGAAAAGCCGCCGGAAACCAUCAAAAACCGCAGCCGGAAAAGCCUACCCGCCGCCGGAUUGAGGUAUUUCUCGCCGGAUCCUCUUCUGCCACAGCCGCCGCAGCCUAAACCACAGCAGCCGCCGCAGCCUAAACCACAGCAGCCGCCGCAGCCGGAAAAGCCGCCGGAAACCAUCAAAAACCGCAGCCGGAAAAGCCUACCCGCCGCCGGAUUGAGGUAUUUCUCGCCGGAUCCUCUUAUGCCACAGCCGCCGCAGCCUAAACCACAGCAGCCGCCGCAGCCGGAAAAGCCGCCGGAAACCAUCAAAAACCGCAGCCGGAAAAGCCUACCCGCCGCCGGAUUGAGGUAUUUCUCGCCGGAUCCUCUUCUGCCACAGCCGCCGCAGCCCAAACCACAGCAGCCGCCGCAGCCUAAACCACAGCAGCCGCCGCAGCCGGAAAAGCCGCCGGAAACCAUCAAAAACCGCAGCCGGAAAAGCCUACCCGCCGCCGGAUUGAGGUAUUUCUCGCCGGAUCCUCUUCUGCCACAGCCGCCGCAGCCUAAACCACAGCAGCCGCCGCAGCCGGAAAAGCCGCCGGAAACCAUCAAAAACCGCAGCCGGAAAAGCCUACCCGCCGCCGGAUUGAGGUAUUUCUCGCCGGAUCCUCUUCUGCCACAACCGCCGCAGCCUAAACCACAGCAGCCGCCGCAGCCUAAACCACAGCAGCCGCCGCAGCCGGAAAAGCCGCCGGAAACCAUCAAAAACCGCAGCCGGAAAAGCCUACCCGUCGCCGGAUUGAGGUAUUUCUCGCCGGAUCCUCUUCUGCCACAGCCGCCGCAGCCUAAACCACAGCAACUGCCGCAGCCUAAACCACAGCAGCCGCCGCAGCCGGAAAAGCCGCCGGAAACCAUCAAAAA